AUGGGCGGCGUCAUGCCAGAGCUCCUCUCUCACUGGAUUCACCAGCUCCGUCGACCUCUCGGUCUCGUGCUCCACUGGGCCGCGCUGGACGGCGGCGCGCAGACAGGCGCGCUGCAGAUGGCGCUCGAAGCCAAGGCGGGCAGCGGCGCGGAGACCGGCUGGAUCUCCGCCGGGUGGUCCGCGGAUGGGCGCAUGUACCCCGCGGACUGCGUCAUCGGGAACCUGCCUGGCGGAAGCAUGGGCGCGUAUUACAUAAGCGGGUACGGCGAUGCUGACGUGGCGCCGACCAGCAGCUUCGCCCUCGGUACUGCCGAAAUGCUGACGUCUAACGGCGGAACCAUCAUGAACGGAGCCACCUCGGUGGACUUUUCCUGCGUUGGUGCUGCUGCUGUGGCCAACUCCUCUGCGGGAGGCAGCGCCGGGAGCACCAAUGGCAACGCGACAGCUGGCAGUGGCUCAAGCGGCAGCAGCGGCAGUACUAACUCCACCACGGGCAGCGGAACGGGCAGCGGAACGGGCAGUGGGACGGGCAGCGGAACGGGCAGCGGAACGGGCAGUGGGACGGGCAGCGGGACGGGCAACGGAACGGGCAGUAGCUCGAACGGUACUGGCAGUGGCAGCACCACCAACAGCACGACUCCCGCUCCCACUCCUCCCUCCACCCCGCCUGCUUAUAACGAAUCGUUUCCCUUCCCGCCUGUUUAUUACCCUCCUCCCCACGACGGAGACCAUGAGCAUGGGAGUGAGCAUGGUGGUGAGCAGGAGGGGGGAGAGUGGGGAGACGGGGAGGAGUGGGAGCAGUGGGGAAACGGAGAGGGGGAGCAGGAAGGGGGGAGGGGAGACGGAGGGGAGGGAGGGGAGGGAGGGGAAGGAGGGGAAGGAGGGGAAGGAGGGGAAGGGGGAGAAGGAGCAGGAGUGGGCGGUGGAUCUGGUGCAGGGUCAGUUUGCCAGGCCUCGUCCCUUUCAGGUUAUGAGCACUCUGUGACUCUAACGUACGGGCUCCUCCUCCACUGGACGCUCGUUAGUGGCACCACCCCAACCAACAGCAGCAGCAGCAGCAGCAGCAGCAGCAGCGCCAGCAGCAGCAGUGGAAAUAAUGGGGGAACAGCACAGCUGCGACUGGCUCUUGAGGCACAGCAGGGCAGUGGGGCUGAGAACGGUUGGAUCUCCAUCGGUUGGUCAACGGACGGCCGGAUGGCCCCCGCUGACGCUGUCAUCGGGAACCUUCCAGGAAACGAGGUUGCUGCGUAUGCCAUGACUGGUUACCAGAUGUCCGAUGUUACGGUCACCAGCAGUUUUUCGGUCACUGAAGCGAGUACUGAGGCGGCUAGUAACGGAGCGACUGUGGUGAAGUUUACCCGGACGGAAGGGGACGGGGGAAUAGUCCCGGUGGAUUUUACUGGGGUAAAUACCCUCGUGUGGGCGUUUUCUGGAUCCGGCUCGCAGGCACUGGACUUCCACAACCAGAACGAUGGAGUCGUUCGAGUGGAUUUCACUUGCUCCUCUGCUGCUUCUGCCAACAACGGCACCUCUGCAUCUGCUGAGGGCUCCGACAGCCAAUCACUGGGCGCCACGUCAGCAGCAGCAUCCGAUAGUAGCAGCAGCAGCAAUGCCUGCACGGCAUCAUCCCUGGCCGGAUAUGAUUGCAUGGUGCAACUCAGCGGCAACAACUUCAUACUGCACUGGAAAACCAGCAGUACCAACACCAUUUCCCUGGCAGCAGAAGCAGCGACAAGUGGGUGGGUGUCUCUCGGAUGGUCUGCCUCUGGACGCAUGUACCCUGCUGAAGCCGCCAUCGGCAACCUCCCCACUGACACUCUCCUUACUAUUGGGAAUGCUGCAGCGGCUGUGGGGGCGUAUUCAAUCACGGGUUAUGGCGCCAGCGAUGUCACGGUUACCAGCUCGUUUGCGGUUACCAACACGGUUGUGGAAUUGGGCAAUGGGCGGACGGUGGUGAAGUUUGAGCGGUCGAUGAGCGAUGGGGAGUUCCCCGUGAGCAGCAGUGCUGUCGUCUGGGCUUACUCGCGGGAUGGCUCGCAGCAACUGGCGGACCAUGGGCCUAAUGCAGGCUCUGCUACAGUCAACUUCGCAACAGGAGCAUCCGAGGACGGGGAAACAAGCAGCAGCAGCGCCACGCUCUACACGGUGCACGCAUGGCUGCUCACUGUCGCCUUUGGCAUACUCAUGCCUGCUGCCAUCCUCACAUCGCGGCUCUUCCUAGCCGAUAAGCCCAUGCCUGUGCACCAUGCUGCCCCUGGCGCUGCACAUAACCCUGCAGCAGCAGCAGCAACAGUAUCAGGCGCAGCAGGGGGUGCAGCAGCAACAGGGGGAGCAGUUGGCAGGAAGCCAUGGGUGAGCAAGCCCAUGGCGUUUGAGGUGCACAAGUGGCUCAUGCUCUCCGCUGUGCUGCUCGCACUCGCUGGAAUCAUCAUGGCAUUCGUGGAAAAGGGGUCGCAAUCAUUGCAGUCGACACACGGACAGCUCGGAUUGGCCGUCAUGGUGCUGAUUGUUGCGCAGCCAAUCGUGGCGCAGCUGAGGCCGCUCAAGAAGCAUCCCAGCCGUCCAUCCUGGUUUGCGCUGCACUGGGUGAUUGGCGUCGGCACGGUGGCCAUCGCGUGGGCAAACUCCUACAUCGGGUUUGAUCUUGCCACUUCCAAGUUUGGAUACGACCUUGACUGGUCCUACAUAGCUUUCUCCAUUUUGAUUGGGUUAUUCAGUAUAGUAUACGUCUUUGACUUUGUGCUGGACCAAGUCAGCUUUUGUUGUGAGAGCUUUGAGAAAGACAAGCCACGGACAAGUACGUCGCAGGGCAUACAUGAGAGUCAGUUGGACCACGCUGCGACAUGCUCGCUGCGACGCGCUUUCUGCGACGUGCUUCUGCGACGCGCUUUCUGCGACGUGCUUUCUGCGACGUGCUUGUCGCGGUCGGAGAAUCUUCUGAGCAAGCUCGGCGGGAUGUUUUCGUUUGGAGGGAAGCCGAAGAAGAAUCACCAGAGACAGAGCCAGGCGCUGGACCAUUUAUCAAAGGACUUGACGGCGCUCAACGACAGAUUGAAGCAGGCCAACAAGCGCACCAACGAUCUGCUCGACAAGCGCUAG